GAGUUGAAGUUAGCAACAAGCAUUGGCGUGGCAACUGGUCGCAUAUUCUGUGGUGUUUACGGACAGAAGGACAACCGCAUGGAGUACUGCAUUCUCGGAGCCACUGUCAAUCUGAGUGCGCGCCUCAUGGGCUUCUCUGCGAAGGACAUCCUCUGUGAUCAAGCCACUUAUGACUCGGCUAAAGACGUCGUUGAGUUUGAAAUCUGGCCUCCCAUCCAACUCAAAGGUUAUAUAUUUUAA